AGCGCGUAAUACGUUGUUGGCGUGUCGUCACGCCGUUUUUACUAAUGAUACUGAAUUGGUCACAAAGCCAAAUUCGUGUUUGAAAUAAUUAUUAGGAACUGCUGCGAUGAGUGAAGGACUUCUGAAUGGUCUGCACAUAGUGGAUAACGAAUGGCCAGCUUUAAAUGAGUUGAACAAAAACUCAGGAAGUAAUAAAAGAUUUGUUACUAGACUUAAAUCCAAACAAAAGUGGGAAGAUCUGCCCGUUCAGCUUACUUUUUCGAAAAUCCAAACUUCGUUACCUUCAGAAAGCAACCUUCCUCCAGAAAUCGGGCAUCCUGCCUAUAAGGAUUUGAAGGAUGUGGAUAAAUUCGAGGCUCCUGAAUGCACCGAACCUAUAAAGAGUGUAAAUCUAGAUAAAAUCCGAAAGUUUCAAAGCAACUGCUCGAACUCUCAAUGGUGUCUAUACGUCAACCCAAAUUUUGCCGGAGUGGAGCUAUGCUACUUAGUGCCUCGGCCAGGAUUUAACCCUCGCGUAUUGUCACACUACCGACACCAUAUUUCUCAAAGCCAACCAUGUAGUAAUGAUACAAGUGAAUGCGUGGCCUGCGUAUCUGAGAGGCUUUCCAGGAUCAGAAAUCAAAUAGAAUACUACUUUGGUGAUAGGAACUUCACCCGCGACCGAUACCUCCAAGAAAAAAUGACUGUUGAUGGAUAUGUGCCUUUAGAAGUUAUAUUAAACUUUCCCAGGAUGAAGCAGUUAGAUGCUUCGAAAAACCUUAUUAUCCAGGCUUGUUGUAACAGCAGUGUUGUAGAAAUUGAUGCUGGUAGAGGACUUAUAAGACGUCGGCUAGCCGUUUCUGAAAGUUAUGGUCUGUCAGUCGAAUCUACAGUUUUCACUCAACAUGCUCCCAUUUCCACCUCGGCCACUACACUGAGUUCCUCGACAUACACAUCUGAUGCACCUCCUUCAGAUACUGUUAGUAUGGAAGUGACAAACUCAACAUCCACCAUCGCGGGAGAAAUGAACGAUGUUAAUUGGCUGAAGGUGGAACGUCGUCAACGUAGUCGUCUCAAGACUCUGCCUUCAUCCAAUUCAAAUAUCCCUGUCACAACGACUAGUCAUCGUCAAAGGAACGAAUCUUCGUGUUCUGAGUUCAGUGAUAUUGAUGAAGAUGACCUCUUGAAUUAUCUAAUUGUUAUUGUCCCUGAAAGAGCGGGUGGACGCGCUUCUGAUCAAAGCACUCUCAGCGCGAAAGCACAUGUAUCAAAGCCAUCUCGAACAUCUGAAUCGUGGAUUGAAAAAGCUGAUUUCGAAUCCGGUCCAUUGAAUACUACACCUUGUAAUAUUACAAUUGACAAGAGUCAAACAAUACAUAGUGGAUACACAUCUUCUGAACAUGCUGCCAAUUCUUCCCGCCUUUUGGCUAAACACCCAUCUGGUGAUCGCCACCCCAAUCCAGAUUAUCAGUCUCGUGCCAAGAUUCAUGCAGAUAUGCUGCAAAGAAUUCGACUGGGACUUGAGGAUUAUGAACAAAACGUGAAGCGCGAACGUUACACUUCUAUUUGUGAACUUGGUUUUGAAGAUGAUGUUGAAGAACCGAAUAUCUCACUUUUAUCUGAUAAGUCAUCCAGUCAGUCUCUUACUCGCUUGGAAAAAAUCAAUCUUGUUUCACCAGAAGAUUUUGUCAGCCUUAAAGAAGCUGCUGCUUCCGGUUCAACCGAGCGACCAGUCUAUGUUUCUCAUGAAAAUGUCAACAUAUCAGAAGACCCACACUUAAAUUCGGCUCGAUUAGAAAGAACCAAAACUCAGUCUGUCGAAAAUUCCUACCCAACAUUUCCUUUUUAUUUUCCUAACGUGUUACCCCCUGAACCAUCACACUUGGUUGCUAGUUCCUCAUGGAUUCCCUCAUAUCCUAUUCUACCACUUUACAAUUCUGAAGUACUUCCGUGUUCGUUAGACAUGGGGUCAUUAACACCCAGUCAAGUUGAACAGCAGUUGGAAGCAGAAAACGCGGUGGCAGCACUCGUUGCUGAAGUUUCCAGGGCUGCUGUAGCAUCCGCCUCUCAAAAAUCUGCGGUAACUGACAAACCUAAAAACAAACAUACCGCAAAGCGUCGUAUGACCGGCUUUUAUCCCGCAAAAGUAGGAUCUACUGGUACUCGAAAACGAGAUGAAUUAGACGUCGGAUUCGCGUUUGAUCUUUCUGCCCGACCUUCAGCUAGAACCACAAGAGGUCAGACCUCCAGUGCUACUCCACAUGCUACACUUGAAGACAGUCGUAAUCGAACUCCAAAGACACUAAUAUCUAUGGCAAGGUAUGUGAGUAACGUUUCCCAACGAAUAAUUCAUUUUUUAUAUAUACUUAACCCUCAAUAUAAUUUCGGAAAAUCAGUCUUAGGUAACAUCUCAAUAAUUUAGACCGUCUUUUCUUUGCCAUUAUUCAACCCUUUUCUAUAGAACGUUUAGUUUUCUAACGAAUUUUCGAAAAGAAACGUACUUAAUAUUUGUUAUUUGACUCAGCCUCUUUUGUAGAAUACAUACUAACAAAUAAAAAUUGUCAACGUGUGUAAAUGAUUGACGGUCUGUUUACCAUCUUGACUUAUAGACAACUGCGAAACAAGCUAUUUUUUCUAUUAAAAGCAAAUGUAAAUCUGAUAUAUGACUUAUCGGCAAACCAUUUUUACACGUAAAAUUAUCAGUCCAUCAUAUUAUUCACUUGUUUUCUCAUUAUUUAACUCCUGAAAGCAAUAUUGCACAAAACCAGUUUAUUUUAAACAAAAUAUCUAGUAUCAAAUAAUACGUAUAUCAGCUUCUUUUUUAGACGUAUAAAUGCAAAUGUACUUGUAUUUCCAUGUUAAGCCUCGUCUUUCAUCAUUCUCAGUGACUUCAGUUAUCCUAAACGUAGACACUUCUAGUGCAGGCGUUAAAUAAUUUUUAAGCAUAUUUACAUUUUUUGUACCUCAUUGACUUGGGUACUCGUUUUAAUUCAGUUGCCAGACAGUUGUCUAUCCACCAACUUUUCGACCGUAUAAUGUAUCAUAUAGCUCUACAAAAGGCUGAGUUCGAAGUUCAGUACAGGAAUAUAUGCAGUCGUUAAAUCACACAUCUUUAUCUUCGCAAGUGGAAAGUCAUAUUUCCAACGGAAGUGACUUACGUAAUAUUGCUUAAUUUUUCAAUAUUGCAAGUACAAUUGUCCAUAAUAAAUACAUUUUCCUGAGUACUUUUAUUGCGUGUUUCACAACCACUACAGUCUCGGUUACUCAUUUGUUUCACACCCCAAGGCUAUCUUCAAUCAUAGUAGUAAUAAUGGAUUAACUUUGUUAUAUUGUCUGUUACUCUCAAAACCACUUUCGCACAAAUCAUUUUAAUUGUGAAUAAUAUGAAUAAGCGCUGCCCUCAUUCAUCUGACGUAACGUUUACGCUUCGUUUAAAAGCUUUUUUUUUUCGUUAGCGAUGUUAGUACAUCUGGAACUACUGUGAUCAUAACUACCGAACAUGCAACUGACGAAGAUAAUAAGCCGAAUUUCGUGCCAAAUGAACUUGUGAAAACUAACCAGUCCCAGUUUUCUGUUCAUAAACAAACUCCUUAUACUUUUGGAAAUCAUAUGAGUCAAUCAUACCUUCGAGAUAGCGGCUUAGCAUCUCGUGAGUAUUUCCGAUAUCGUGCUGCUUGUCUGUUAGAUCGUGAAAAAUCAGGCGCAGGACAGUCACAAGAAAUGAACACAUUGUAUAGGUUUUGGUCAUUCUUUUUACGAGACAACUUCUUCCAUGGUAUGUACAAGGAAUUCAAACGUUUGGCUCUCGAAGAUGAAGCGUCUGGUUAUCGAUAUGGAUUGGAAUGCUUGUUUCGAUUUUACUCGUAUGGUUUGGAACGUCGUUUCAAAUGGUCUCUUUAUAAGGACUUCCAGGAACAAGCCUUGAGAGACUACAAAAAUGGACAUCUAUAUGGGUUGGAAAAAUUUUGGGCUUUCUUGCACUAUAGUGGACGCAAAGUAGAAGUCAAUCAUGCACUAAAAGAGCUACUGCAGAAAUACAGGACUAUUGAAGACUUUCGUGUCAAUGUAAGAUGUUUACAGUUUGACAUUUUCAUUUAGUAUAACCUAGUCUUCAAGUCGUUAAAAAAUCUUGUACUAAGUGAAUUUACUUGUUUCUAAACUUUUUAUGUUCUGUUUUUAACUGUAUAACACUGCUUAAUUAGUUAUCAUUUCUGUCCAGCUGUUUUAACGUACAAACAUGUUUUUACUAUGCAAUAGAGCUUCCAGAGUAAAGAGUUAGCUAUUCACAAAGAAACAAUCAUUAUGACAUCUGAAUUUUGUCAAAUUAAUUUUCCAAAACAAGUUUGCUGCUGAGUUGUAGCUCACAUACUUGGUUAAGGUUAGCGAAGAGUACUGUUUGUUGUAUAGAAGCAAAUAAACGAAGCCUUUUCCACUAAACUGCACAAUUAAUAAGUUUUCUUUUUUUGUUUUUUUUAUCAGUUUGAAGUUCCUGAUGGAUUUUUUGGUUAUCGCAAAAGACUUCCUUCUACAUCAGCUUCUGUGCCUUCAAAUUUAUCCUCCGAUUUUCCUAUUCAACCUACUUCUGUUUGAGUUCUAUAUUAAUUAUUAUAUUCCCACUGCAACCAGUUGGGUGACUAAUGUUCUAAUUGUUAAAGAUACCUUGUUCAUUUUGUAUUUAAUUAAUUUUCUUUCUAAACGUAUCAUUAAACAGUUUCCAGUAAUUUUAAACAACACAGUAAUCUAAUGCGACUCACUAUCAGGAAGUUUUUGAAAUUUAUUAGUAUUCCCAUGGGUUAUGUGGGAUAAAUUAAUAUUUACCCCUAACCAAUAUAUUCAGAGCAUUUUUUUCAAUAUGUGGUUUCCACUGUUUGAACUUUGUGUUUAAAUUUUUGUGUACACAUUUUUUUUACCUAUGUGAUAAUACUACAGUACAUUCUUUAUUCUAAAACUUAUUAUGUUUUUUGAAACAUAAAUCCUUAAUGCAUAAAUAAUAACAGUUACAAUGUAAAAUGAUGUUAUUUUUCCUUACAAAAUGUCAGGUUAAAUUUGGCUUUUGUCUGGUAAUAAAUCGUUUAAAUACAUAGCUAUUGCACAUUU